CUUUUGCAUAUAUGCACCUUUUGGUGUUGUUGUUGUUGUUUUUGUAAUAAACAAUAAUGGCAGAUUUGGAACGUAUAAGACUGGUGAUACUUGGGGGAGCUGGUGUGGGAAAAAGUUGUAUUGUCAAACGUUUCCUAUUUAAAACGUAUACAGAUAAAUAUCGUGCCACUGUUGAAGAUCUAUACAAUCGUGAAUACGAUUUGGGUGGUGUUACACUGAAGGUGGACAUAUUAGAUACAUCAGGUGAUAUGCAAUUUCCUGCCAUGCGUCGUUUAUCAAUUGCCACAGCACAUGCAUUUAUGCUCGUUUAUGCCACAACAUCCGGCGCCAGUUUUCAAUGUGUUAAACAAUGUUUCGAAGAAAUACGAGAACAAAGAGCUGAUUUUCAAGACAUACCCAUGGUAAUCGCUGGCAAUAAAUCGGACCUGGCCAAAACACACAGAGAGGUCAAAUUGGAAGAGGUAACAGAUUGGGUUUAUUGUGAAUUGCCUCGUUUAAGAGCUAAAGUCUUAGAAUGCUCCGCCAAGGAGGACAGCAAUGUCACAGAACUAUUUAAAACCAUGUUAUCAUUGUCUCGUUUCUUGCCAGUGGGUAGCAGUAAUGAAGGUACCAGUGGUCUCAAAAGACGCUCAUCGGCUUAUGUUAGUGCAUCAUCAAGUAGAAAUAAAAACCGUAAUGCCAGUCCAUCCAUUUCAAGUGAUAAGAAAUCCAGCCUAGUUGAUGCUGUCGAUCCAGCCUCUAGUAGUGAUGCUAAACUAAAACCCAGAUCAAGAUCUCUGAUAAGGCGAGCAUCACGCAAAACAAAACAACAAAUUAACAAUGCUUCCGAGGAUUGCAAUUUGCAGUAAACAUUAAAACAAACAAAAAAAACCCAACAACAAUUUAUUAUUAUUAAAACGUUAUUUUA